AUGAGCGAGCCCGGGAGCCCGGCCACGCCCGCGCCCAAGGGGGGCAGGUCCCCGGGGUCGACCAUGAAAAAGACGGCGACCCCGGGCGCCAGCAACGACAUGGCGGUCCACGGCGUCUUCUCCUACCCCGGAUCCACCAACGUCGGCACGGAAUACACCUCGAAGCACGCCCUCCCCGAACGAUACAAGGGCCUGCAGAUGACCCCUGGCGAGCGUAAGAGCGGCAAGAACAACGACAGCUGGUUCGACACCGAGGUCAAGCGCUUCGGCGAGGACGAGCCCUACAUCGAUCCCGACCCGGGCAUCCCCGAGAUCCCGGGCAAAGAGCAGAGGGUGCGCGAGCUGGAGGCCAUCAAGAAGCGGGUGUCCGCCAAGGGGUGGUUCCCGGCGGGGCGAAUGAACCCGGAGGCGCCGAAGCCACGCAUGGGCCCGCACUACGCCAACAUGAACGAAGGGGACGGAGAGGAGGGCAAGUACGUUCCCAUGCCCCGCGGGCUCUACACCCAACCGCCCAAGAGGGGCUCGUACAACCAACCCGGGAUCCUCAUCGGCGAAUCGAUCCGAAACGCGCCGCCGUCCUCGCCGGUGGUGGUGCGCGAACGGAAGGUGAAGGUGGCGCACGUGAAGGUGCGCGUGAACACCAAGGAGAAGAAGGCGGCCGCCGAGGAGGGUGCCGAGGAGGAGGGGGGCGACGAGAAGAAGGAGGAGGAGAAGAAAGAGGAGGCGACUCCCGCGAAGCAGAAGGCUCCGUCGCCGGAUCGGCCGUGGCGGACGCCGUCCAAGGUCAAGCCGCUCUCGCCCCAAAAGGACUACAACGAGAUGAUGAAGGACAAGCUCGCGGCUGCGUCGGCGGCGAACAAGCUGAGGAAAGAGGAGGAGGCCAAGGCGAAACCGCAGGCGCCGCCGGAUGAGUACCAGCCGUCCAAGAUGCUCAACCGAAAGAUAAUCGCCGACGCCAGGGCGGCGCUGACGCUCAGCGGGCCCUUCGUCGCGGUGGGCGGUUGCAAGUCGGAGACGCUGCCAAACGGCAUAUUCGACGACAUGGGCGAGCUGUACGAGUACAACCCCGGGGAUUGGUACGAGGAGCCGCCGCCGCCGCAGAAACCCGAUCCGCUCGCGCCAAAACCCAAACCGUUCAAACCCGCGGGGAUCAAGCAGCGACCCGUCAAGUCCGAUUACGUCCCGAACCCGGGGGGUAAGCGGGGUGCCGAGGCAGGCAAGGCGAGGCGCGCGGAGGUGGCGGCGCGGCGGUUGGCCAACGCGCCGAGGGGCGCGUGGAAGCCCGGAAGCGGCGGCGCGCCGAAGAGUUUGCCGGUGAAGACGUUCGGCAAGUUCGACCCGGGUCCGUUUCCGAAUCCGGUGAGUUUGAGGAACACCCAGUACGUGCAGUGA